CAAUUAUAAUGAAGAAAUUCAGGCAGCUGAUCCGAGAGUGUGGGGAGGGGACAGUGAUGUACAAUCACCUGCACAUGAACUUACUGAAAGCCGGUUUAGUUCGCCCCCGUGGAGUGGGAACAGCCGGGCGAGCUAACGGCAAACCGCGCGGUAGAGGGCGCAGUCGCGGCCGCGGUGCCCGUGGAGCAAGACCGGAGGUUAAGACAACUACGGUAAACCACCAGCAACAACAAGAGGCAACCAAUGGUUUCCGGGGUCAUAAUGAGGUCAGCGCACUUUACCAACAACCCACCAAUCACGGCCCGUUAGACUUAGUGACAAGGAGUGACCCACCAAAAGAGCACCAACAAAUCUAUUAUGAUUUUACAUCUCAUCACGAGACCGGUGACGCAAACAAACAGCACAGCUCUGGGGUGCAGAACCAAGGCAUACAAGACAGUUCUAACUACCCGUUGAAUUUAGCCACACCCAAAGUCUCCCAUUUGACCAUGCCCCAUCCGGCUGUUCACAGGAACGGGUUUGCGAGGGAAGAACCGGAUCCGGUUCCUCACAGGAACGGACACCACUCAGGACAAACUGAUCAAAGAAGUGGCUAUUUUUCAAGUCGCUUUUUCCCUGUGCCACCAGUAUUGCAUAAAUUUACCCCCAACGUUGGUGUCGCUUUCGUCAAGGAGAUCGUAGAUUGCAUCUUCCCCGACCUGGCAUACCGCCCUCUGGCUGCUGAGGGACAGGAGUAUCUUGAGGUCACCAGACGGGAGGGGACCCUUUAUCCAGGUAUAGGAAACGGAGAGGUCAAAAUGGCACCAAUCUCUCCAUGUCACCCCGCGAGAAUCUUGGUAUCCCCAGAAGGUAUGGUCAUGUUUCAGGCCGCGAACAGGACGUUGGGGGCGGUAGAGGCACUGUCUGCUGGUGGCGAUUCAACAGUCUGGCGCAAGAGUGUCCUGGAAUGUGUGCAGAAUCUCACUGCGAAGAGUGGAUACCGGUUCUGUCCGGGGUUAGGGUUCCUCAACGGUCAAAGCAAAUGCAGUGGGUUGUCUGCUCUCCCAAGUGCUGACGACAUUGUGACGUCAGAUUUCGGCUUGGGCUUCCGGUCAGUGUCAUGUGAUCUCUGGUAUCGUCCGAUGCCAGGCAACAACAACAACAACAACACUGAAAUUGCGCCAAACGAUGUUUCCAUGCCAACCCUAAGCAAGCAUCUCAACAACGAAGAGGGCGAGGAGGAUGAACAACUAGACCCGACGGCUCUUCACGUCUCAGAACAAUUCGGGGCGUGCACACAGUGCAUCGAGUUGGGCCAGCAGCUCCAAAGGGACGGCCGACGCAAGCAGAGGAAUCCUCGUAGCAUGGAACAGUCGUCGGAUUGCCCAGAAAGACUUGACACUAGCUAUGAGAGAUCGUUAAUUUAAAACAACUGUUGCCGAAAAUGGAAAAGGAAACAAACAUUAAUUUGAUUGAUUAAAAAGGUUUGAAAGCGACAAAAAAAUGGAUUAUCUGGGAUUAAGGCCAGUAUUGAUCAGAACAAUAGUUAACAAAAAAUGCAUAAUAUCACCCAAACCAGUUGAAUAUUGUUUAGAUAAGUGCGGCCUACAGCAUGCGCGUCCAAAUACAAUACAUUAGUUUUCAUUCGUGUACUUCUGGGUACAAGACACAGUUAUUAGUUUAGUCAAUAGAUUAACCAACAAAUUAACCAUUUACAUACUGUUACACUAGGUACCACCCUGCCCCCAAUCUUUCGCAGCCAUUUUGAAAAAAAUAGAAAUUGCUUUUUAUUCUACCUACACUUCUCACCUGCAAUAGCACUACAUUCAGAUAUUAUGCAAAUUAAAUCACACGUUUGUAUCAUCAACUAAUGUACAAAAGAUUUGUUGUAUAACAACAAUUUCUGUCGUGUGAACUAUCUAUACUGAAUCAAUGAUAGAGCACGAAAAUUGUUUAAAAGCAGGUUUCACUAAAUAGACAGUAGAUUUUCCCAGAAAUCAUCCUUGUCAUUUGAUUUGUGGAGCACUCGUCACGUGAUAUCCUUUUUGUAAUGUAUUGACUGCCGCGACACUCCAACACUUUUGAUAAGAACGCUUUGGACGCCCCGCCCAAUUA